GCCCAGUCCUGCCCCCUCCCCCACGGCACUCCACCCUGCUUUGAGGCCUUCAUAAGUAGUCUCUCACCCCCUGGGCAGCACAUGCCACUCCUGUCACCAAGGUGCACCACUUCCCAGAAUUCAUCCCUGAUGGUCUCAGCUCAUGCUGAUGACCAUUCCUUCCAGCCUGCUAUUGCCCCUCAUUUGCCACAGUAAGCAGGGAUCCUCAACCAGAACCCAAAGGAUUGGGGAGAGGGUGAGUGGCAGUUGAAGGCUUGGGUGUCACUCAUUUACAGUCAAGAAGCCCCAGCGAACACCAUGGGCCCCUUCAGGCAGUCAUUGUUCACUGGGAACCUGAAGAUGAUGGAGCUUACUCCUGGCUCUCAGGGGAUCUUGGCCGAUCCCUGGAGGUGACCCCAGCACAGGGUGCUGGGAGUGUAAGACGUCAGUGAAAGCACCUAGGGGUGUCAGGGAGGAAUUUGCCACAUGGUAGAUAGAACAGCCUGGUCAAGAGACCAAUUGGAACUGAGAAGCUUGGGGUUUAGCCUGAGGGUGGCUGCUUGUUGAUAUCAUGGCAGUUUAACUGUGUGGAGGGUCAUGGAGGUGUAUAACUAGAACUGGUUGAUUGGGGUGAUUGUGAGGCUCAGUUGAGCCCCACCUCUCCCAGAUAGCUUUAGUAUCCAGCAGCUGCCCAGAAUAUGCUGAAUGAAGAGGCCUAUGAGUUCCGGAAGUGGCCGGCUUAGGCAGGCUGACUACUGUUGACCUCAGUUUGAUUGGUAGCCUUGUGCUCUAGUGACCCUCCUCUCUCCACAGCUCACUCCUGGAGGCAAAGCUGCACAGGCUGGAGUAGCUGUGGGCGACUGGGUUCUGAGUAUAGAUGGUGAGAAUGCUGGAGGCCUCACGCACAUUGAAGCCCAAAACAAGAUCCGAGCCUGUGGGGAACACCUCAGCCUGGGUCUUAGCAGGGUCCAGCCGGCUCAGAGCAAACCCCGGAAGGUGCAGACCCCUGACAAGUCAACAGCCGCUUCGACCGCUGGUCCCAGACGCCAGCAAGCAGCGGCUGAUGGAGGACACGGAAGACUGGCGGCCAAGGCCUGGAACGGGCCAGUCCCGUUCCUUCCGCAUCCUUGCCCACCUCACGGGUACCGAGUUCAUGCAAGACCCGGAUGAGGAGCACCUGAAGAAGUCAAGAUCUUGCAGCCAGCUGCCCAGGUCGGAAGCCCAAGUCCCAGCCUCAUCUACAACCCAGGAACCCUGGCCUGAGCCACUUCCCUUGGCCCUGGCAGGCCCUACUACCCCCAGCCCCACCAGCCGCCCACCCUGGGCUGUGGACCCUGCAUUCGCUGAGCGCUACGCCCCAGACAAGACGAGCACAGUACUGACCCGGCACAGUCAGCCCGCCACACUCACACCUCUACAGAACCGCACGUCCAUCGUGCAGGCAGCUGCUGGAGGGGGCACAGGAGGGGGCGGUGGCAGCAAUGGCAAGACACCUGUGUGCCACCAGUGCCACAAGGUCAUCCGGGGCCGCUACCUGGUGGCACUGGGCCACGCAUACCACCCUGAGGAGUUUGUGUGCAGCCAGUGUGGGAUGGUCCUGGAAGAGGGUGGCUUCUUCGAGGAGAAGGGUGCCAUCUUCUGCCCACCCUGCUAUGACAUGCGCUACGCACCCAGCUGUGCCAAGUGCAAGAAAAAGAUCACAGGCGAAAUCAUGCACGCCCUGAAGAUGACCUGGCACGUGCAUUGCUUUACCUGCACGGCCUGCAAGACACCCAUUCGGAACAGAGCCUUCUACAUGGAAGAAGGGGCUCCCUACUGCGAUCAAGACUAUGAGAAGAUGUUUGGCACAAAAUGCCAAGGCUGUGAUUUCAAGAUCGAUGCUGGGGACCGCUUCCUGGAGGCCCUGGGCUUCAGCUGGCAUGACACGUGCUUUGUGUGUGCGGUAUGUCAGAUCAACCUGGAAGGAAAGACUUUUUACUCCAAGAAGAACAAACCCCUUUGCAAGAGCCAUGCCUUCUCCCAUGUGUGAGCCCCUCCAGCCCACUGCUGCCUCACCCUGCCCAGCCGGAGGGGUCACUGUUUCUGGAGUCAUCCCACCAGAUUUCUGGGUAGGGCUGGCAGAGGUCAACCCAACCCCGACUCCUGGCCCAAGCCUGGGGUUCCCUGGGCCCUG